AAUGGUUAUGAAUGCAGACUGCCUUGUGGAGAACGCCGGCUGCACAAGACUCAAAACAAACAACAGCCUCAGCAAAUGAUAUUAUCAGAGUUGACAGACGGAGCGGAGCGCGCGUUAAAAGAAAACAAUGUGCAAUAAAUGAGGCACGACUGCUGCCAGCCAAGAGAGAGCGGUAAAACAAUAAAAAACAAAAGCGAAAAAAAAAAACGUGCAACUGAUAAGCAAUUUGAAGGUAGACAAAGCGACAAUAUUUAACCUGGUCACCUGGAGGCGAAUCAUUUGAGUUUCACACCUAGCGCGUUGCACGAAUCUGUCAGAGCGGAGGCAACUGAGUCUCUGUGUCUGCGUGGGUGUGUUUGUGUAUGUGUGCCUGUGCCACCUGUCGUCAUGUUGACACACACAACGCUGCUUAUCAAGCGCAGCAGCCAGUUGCUGCCACUUCUACUGCUGCUGCAGCUGCUGUUGGCGGCAUUGCGCUGUGAUGGCGCCACGGUCACCUGGGGGCAGGUAAACAAAUACGCCAGCACGCUGCAUGCACAAGAUGUUUACCUCGCGGAUGCGAAUGUGAAUGUCACGGAUGUUGUAUAUGGCACACAGAAUCCCGAAGCUGUCGAUGCCUAUACGAUUACGGCGGUCCACGCCUACGAUAUGACGCCGCCCGAGGGCGAUGGCGGGCGGGCGCAACUUUUGGGUGGCGGUGUGGGCCAACAGUAUGCCACGGUGCGUUUCCAGCGGCACAGAUCCGUGCCCGUGUUGCACUAUCAAUUGGUCAUUUAUGGUGUCGAAUUGUGAACGCGUCACAGGUGACAGCUGAGCUCACACGGACUGACGUUCUGUGUACUUUGCUGCUGCUGUGUGUUUUAUUAACAAUUUUGUUGUUUUUUUUUUUUUGUGUGUCUCACAACUUAAUUAACUUCUAAUUAAAGUUGGAAUUCGAAAUUUAACAUUGUGCGACGUCUUGACAGAAGCCGCGGAUGCUGCUGUUGCAGCUACUCGUAAUGAGAUGCAAAUGCGCCCACUCACAACCAACCCACACCCACCCACACAGCCUUACCCACAAAAGCAUCCUCCCAUCCGCACACACACUCACACACACACACACCUACACAGACAGCCGCUUAGCGGUUUGGUUUGCAGGCGUAAGUCGCUUUAAGCGCCUGAUAAAUGCAGCUUAAUUCGAAAACUACCUCCCUACCUCCCCCAGCAGCCCCACUUAAACUACAAUAUGCACGUAAGAGGCUUUAGGCCGAUUAAGAAAUAAUAUAUCUAUAGUUGUGAGCAAUCGCAUCAUUCAAGAGCUGAUUUUGCGCUUUGCUUUUACCUGUUCGACUUCAAUCAGGGCAAUUUCCAUCUGCCGAAUGGCUGUUUUUAUGCCUACAACUUCAUAAAGUAUUCAUAUAUGUCAUUAGUGACUGUGACUAGUAAGUCUAUAUGCAUUCAAUUAAUCCACUUUUACGUAAAAGCUAAGCCCCAAUAGAUAUUAAUUGAAUGACUCACACGUGCGUUAGUUUAUGCACGGUAAUCAAAACAAAACAAUUGCGUUUUCUAUAGAAAAUAAUUAAUUGCUUGAUCAGAGAGUUUUAUUAGAGUUUAAGCAAAACUACCAUUUUAUCUGAUUAGAAUAAACAAAUAUUGUAUUAUUAA